CAGGGAGGCCAUGAAAGGGAUAACCACUCUGCAGCGUAAUUAUUUUGAUAGUGAAGCAACCCAUAAUAUCCAUCAUGUUUCUGUUGCAGGAUCAUGAGUCCCGGUUCUCUGUUUGUGCGGAUUUACAGCAUUUUCGCCGUGGCCUGCAAUGGAGUGCUGUGCUUAGAGCUGUUGUACCCGUUUGGAAGCAGGAACAUGGACAGUGAAACCCCGAAGGUGGAUGAUGGGGGAUCUCCUGAAAUCCCUUUGUUAAUUACUUUCCCAUUUUUUGCUGUGGGACAGCGAUCGCUGCACGUGAAUAACAAUGGCGUGAUAUCCUUCAAUGUGCAAGUCAGCCAGUUCACUCCCGAGGCUUUCCCUCUCUCAGAUGGUCGCUCGUUCAUUGCUCCUUUCUGGGCCGAUGUUCACAAUGGGAUCAAGGGAAAUGUUUAUUACAGGGAGAGUGUUGAGCAGAGCAUCCUGCAGAGAGCAACCAAGGACAUCAGGAAGAACUUCAAGGACCAGUCUUCCUUUUCGGCCACUUGGGUCUUCAUCGCUACCUGGGACAAAGUCACUUUCUACGGAGGCAGUUCGACCACACCGAUGAACACCUUUCAAUGUGUGCUGAUCACAGAUGAACGAAACUCCUUCGCCAUGUUUAACUAUGCUGACAUUUCCUGGACCACGGGAACUGCAAGUGGAGGCGACCCACUAACGGGAGUUGGUGGUUCUGCAGCACAGGCUGGAUUCAAUGGUGGGGAUCUCAGUCAUUUUUUCAGCUUGCCAACGUCCAGAACGUCUGAGAUGCUAAGCAUCGAACAGACCAGUAACGUGAACUUCCCAGGCCGCUGGAUCUUUAAGAUAGACGGCGAGGAGAUUGACCCAUCAAGUGGCUGCAGUAUGAACGGUCAAUUUUUCCGCCGCGGGGAUGUGUUUUGGAUGGAUGAUAAAUGUCAAACGAAAUGCCGCUGCCUGGAUUUAGGGAACUCUAUUCACUGUCAGAACCUGACAUGUGGCCAGUAUGAGCAGUGUCACUCGGUGGACGGUGUUUACCGCUGUGUCCCCACUCAGACCGCCUCGUGUGUGGUGUUUGGAGACCCCCACUACCACACCUUCGAUGGGUUUCUGUACCACUUCCAGGGAACGUGCACCUACAUCCUCUCCAAACCGUGCUGGGAGUUGGAGAAUCUGCCCUAUUUCAGCAUCGAGUCCAAGAACGAGAACCGGGUCGGGACCGCCGUGUCUUGGCUGAGAAACAUCAAACUGAACGUUUAUGCCCACAGCAUCGUCAUUCCUAGAGGAAAGUCGGGCCAGGUGCUGGUGGAUGGUCUGGUCACUACGUUGCCAGUGCAUCUGGAGAUGGGGGCCAUUAAAGUUUAUCAGAGCGGUGUGGCCACCGCAGCGGAGACGGAUUUUGGUUUGUUGCUCACCUUCGAUGGCGAACAUUACGCCUCCAUCUCGCUGCCCAGCUCCUACCUCAACAACACGUGUGGCCUCUGCGGAAACUUCAACAACAACCCGGCCGACGACAACCUGCUGCCCGAAGGAAGCCCUUCGAACUCGCUAGCUGAGCUGGGCACCGGCUGGAGUGCCGCUGACCCGGACUGGAACUGUCAGCACGAAUGCGGGGACAACUGCAGCGCAUGCGACCCGCACACCGAAUCCUUCUACUACAGACCCGAUUACUGCGGCAUCAUGAACAAGACGGACGGGCCGUUCCGGGACUGUCGCACGCUGGUCGAUCCCACCAGCUUCGUGGUCAGUUGCGUGUACGACAUGUGCGCGAACCGGGACAACAUCACCACUCUCUGCCAGGCUAUUCAGGCUUACGCGCUCAGCUGCCAGGCUGUGGGAAUCACCAUUGGACCCUGGCGUUCCCGCACCUUCUGCGCGUCCUCUUUGCCCUGUCCAGAGAGGAGCCACUAUGAGGUGUGUACCAGCAGUUGUCCAGCCACCUGCACUGACUUGAUUUCGCCCUUGUACUGCAACCGGCCCUGUACCGAGGGCUGUCAGUGUGACGAGGACUAUGUACUGAGUGGAAAUAGCUGUGUACCGCUGGAGGAAUGCGGCUGUGAGUUCCAGGGGCGCUACUAUUCCUCCCAAACAAAGUUCUGGGCAGCGGACGACUGUUCUGUGCGCUGCCUGUGUCAGGGCCACGGAGAAGUUGUGUGUAUGAACGAGACUUGUUUGGAGGGGGAAUUCUGCCUCGUGGAACACGGGGUUCUCGGCUGUUAUCCCAAGCGAGCUGCAGUGUGCACUAUCUCACGUAGUAAUGGACUGCAAACGUUCGAUGGCGCUUCCUUUGAUUUCCGUGAUGAAUAUGCUUACACAUUGCUCAAAAUCUGUGGAUCGAGCAAUUACAAUCUGUCUCAUUUUGAAAUCAAACUCGGAAGAAAGAAAAUGAUUAACGGUUCUUGGAUAAAAUCGCUGACUGUAAAAUUUCCUGACUAUGAAGUAAAAAUGGAAGGCAGCGACAAUGUUAUCAAGGUGAACGCUUUUGCGAUUUCCUUGCCCUUUAUACAUUCGUCUGGAAAACUGAAGAUCUACAGGGCUGGGAAUAACACCAAGGUGGAAUUAGACAACAGUUUCCAAAUCUUGUACUCGAGUGAGGAUCGAAUAAAUGUAACGCUCUCCACUGCUUAUUACAACAACACCUGUGGGCUCUGUGGAUAUUUCAACGGGAAUCCCACUGACGACUUUCGAAAAGCCAAUGGGAAAGUGACAGAGAACAGUGUGGAAUUUGUGGAUAAUUGGAAGACAUUUGCUGAUGACAUGACAUGUAAUGGGCAGUGUGAAGAGCUUUAUACUGUGUGCACAAAUGAGGAUUUAAUUCUGUAUCAAGGAAUCUCGUUGUGUGGGAUAAUCAAUGAUCCCAAUAAUAGUUCAUUCCUCAAUUGCCAUGAAGUUGUCAAUCCGUCACCCUUCUUCCGAAGUUGCCUCUAUACCAUGUGUUUAAAUGGUGGGAACGUAUCUGCUCUGUGCAGCUCCCUGCAGGCUUAUGCAGACGCCUGCACCGGUGCUGAGGUCAUGCUGGCUAAUUGGAGAAGCAGCACUUUUUGCCCCUUACCGUGCCCUGAGAACAGCCACUUCGCCGAGUGCACGUCUGCCUGCCCUGUCACCUGCCAGUCUCUGCAGCGAGACGUCGACUGCAACCUGCCCUGUGUGGAAGGCUGUCAGUGUGACCAAGGAUUCGUUUUGAAGGACGGCCGGUGCAUCGCCAAGAUCCAGUGCGGUUGCGUCUAUGAAGGCAUUGACAUCGGUACAAAUGACACCUUCUGGACAGACAGCGAGUGCCAAACUCGCUGUUUCUGCAACGGGUCCGACAACACGGUGUACUGCAAGAGCGGCCCCUGCCGGGUGGAUGAGUUCUGCUCAGAUGAGACCGAGCUGUUCUACUGUUUGCCUCGCUCGGAGGCGGUUUGCAUCGUGUCCGGCUACAGCCACUAUUACACCUUCGACACGCUCGCUUACGAACUGCAGAGCACUUGUAGCCAUGUUAUCAGCACAGUGGAGCCCGGCUCCCCUCACCUGCCGCACUACCUGGUCCAAGUCAGGAACGAAGACCGCAACACUUCUCUGGCUCUGUGGUUACGGGAGGUGGAAAUCACAGUGUACGGUUACAAUAUCAGGGUGUCCAAGAGCUACAAACAUACGGUGAUGGUCAAUGAGGAGCGGCUCUACCUCCCCCUCAAGCUGGGCGGAGGUCAGGUCAACCUGCACUCCUUUGGCCUCUACGUGGUCCUGGAGACGGACUUCGGGCUCAGGGUGAUGUACGACUGGGGCACCCUGCUGACGGUUACGGUGCCGCGGGCCUUUGCCAACGCCACGCGGGGUUUGUGCGGCCAGUUCAACGGUGAGCCGGGGGAUGAGCUGCAGACCCCCCAUGGCAGGAGAGCAGGCAGCCUGCUGGAGUUCGUCAGCAGCUGGGUGCCCGGCGGAACGCCCUUCUGCCAGCCGGGCUGCAGCCGCAACUGCCCGUCGUGUGACCGGGUGCUGAGCCUCCCCGUGGAAACGCUGCAGCUCUGCGCCCUGAUCGUGUCCAAGGACAACGUGUUCAGCCGCUGCCACGGGAGAGUCAACCCCACCUUCUUCUACCACAACUGCAUAUUCGACUCGUGCAUCGACCGUGGUAACAGGGAGACGGCCUGCAGCUGGCUGCAGAACUACGGCAGUGUCUGCCAGGCUCAGGGCGUGCGGAUGCUGGGCUGGAGAAACAUCACCGGCUGCUUGAUCACUUGUCCUGCGAACAGUCACUACGAGAGCUGUAUGUCAGUGUGCCAACCCCAGUGUUCCACUUUCAAAACCCACCAGGACUGUAUGCAUUACUGUGUGGAGGGCUGCCAAUGCAACGAUGGCUUCCUGCUCAAUGGAAGAACCUGUAUCCUACCCCAGGACUGCGGCUGUGUGGUUGAGGACAAAUACUAUGAGCCAGGGCAGUUCUUCUGGAACACCAACUGCUCCAAGCACUGCCGAUGCAUGGGCCGCAACAUGGUGCAGUGUGACUCCCGUCAGUGCAAGAGCGAGGAAUUGUGUUCGCUUCACAACGGGGUCAGAGGCUGUUACAGUAAGAAGAGCUCCCACUGCAUCGCGGCUGGCGGCGGUAUAUUCCAGACUUUCGAUGGAGCUUUCCUGCGAUUUCCUGCUGCCUGCUCGUUUGUCCUCUCCACAAUCUGUCACAAGCUACCAGAUAUCUCUUUCCAACUAAUCGUAAACUUUGACAAAUGGAGUAUGCCUAACAUGACACUGAUCUCCCCGGUUUACCUGUAUAUCAACGAGGAACAGAUCCUCAUCUCCGGGAAUGUUGUCCAAGUGAAUGGGACCCCAGUCUCCAUUCCUGUUGUCACAGGGCUGACAAAGAUCUCAACAGCUGAGGGAUUCCUGGUCAUUGACACUAUUCAGGGAAUUCAGGUCCAGUACAACUGGUUUAACUUGCUGUUCAUCAGGAUGGGAGAACGGCUGCAAAACAAGGUGUGUGGUCUGUGUGGAAACUUUAAUGGAAAUCCCAACGAUGAUGACCUAACCUCGCGAGGAAAACCGGCGCAGUCCGUCUUGGAGCUGGCAAAGAGCUGGAAAACGAAUGGCAUGCAGAACAGCUGUGACGAAGAGCAGUAUACUCUCCUAUCCCACUCCUGUGAUAAUCGGGACAUCUUCCAGCUACAGGAUGAGGGGAGUUGUUUGAAACUUACGGAAAUGAAGGGUUUCUUCCAGCCAUGUUACGGAUUUGUCAACCCAGUGCCAUUUUAUGAGUCAUGCGGAUUGGAUGCUUGCUACUGGGACAAGAGAUCACAGAUCUGUAGCUCACUGGCAGCGUACGGAGAGGCCUGUCGCUCACUGGGAAUCCUCAGCACUGACUGGAUUCGGCGGGAGAAUUGCUCAGAAUUGAUCAAUGACCCAUGUGCUGGAGGCAUCUGCACCAACUACAGUCUGUGUCGUCAGGGUAAUGGAGACCUGUGUGGCUGCCCAGAAGAAUCCAGCCCUGACAGUGAUGACAUUGUUCAGGCAGAUGUGGUGUGCAAACACUCCCAGAUGGAGGUUUAUAUUUCCAAGUGCCGACUCUACCAGCUGGGGUUUGAACGCGAGGAUGUUCGCAUUAAUGAUAACCGUUGUUUGGGCUCAGAAGGAGAUGAUUUUAUUGCAUUUCAUAUCAAUAAUACCAACUGGAACUGUGGGAAUAUCAUGAAGACUAAUGAAAGCCACAUAAUGUACACAAACACUGUCUGGAUCGAGAGCCUGAACAACACUGGGAGUGUGAUCACUCGUGACAGAGUUAUCAACGUGGAGUUCUCCUGUGCCUAUGAACUCGACCUGAAGGUUUCUCUAGAAACUGUUAUAAGGCCGAUGCUAAGUGUCAUCAACCUCACCCUUCCCACUAAAGGUGGCAGUUUCAUCACUAAAAUGGCUCUGUAUAAAAACUCGUCCUACAAGUUUCCGUACCGAGAAGGCGAGGUGACGCUCACGACCCGGGAUGUCCUAUACAUUGGGGUGUUUGUUGAGGGCGCAGAUUCUACCCAGCUCAUACUGGUCAUCAAUCGGUGCUGGGCUACUCCAUCGCGCAAUCCAAAGGACCGACUACGCUAUAUGAUAAUAGAACAAGGGUGUCCAAACUCAAAGGACAACACAAUAGAGCUGGAGGAGAAUGGAGUGUCUCUCACUUGCCGCUUCCAUAUCAUCGUGUUCAAGUUUAUUGGGGAUUAUGACGAGGUUCAUCUACACUGUGAAGUGUCAUUGUGUGAUUCAGAUAUCAAUAACUGCAAAGUUACUUGUCCCACUCACAACAGGAGACUUGCUGACAAACUUACAAAAGAGCAGAUUCUCUCCGUUGGACCCAUCAGGAGAAGAGCAGCUGACUGGUGUGAGGUGGACAAUGGUGGCUGUGAACAGAUUUGUACAAGUCGUGGGGAGCGGGCUGUGUGCAGCUGCAUCACUGGAUUCUUGCACUGGGAUGGAAAGCACUGCCGAGCUCUAAGUGCUUCAAAUGAGCCAACCAUACUGCCUCAACUUCUGGUGAUAACUCAGAUCUUUAGCUGGUUAUUGGCAAACACACAGAACCUGAAACUGUAGCCGAGGGUGACGUUGAAGCAGUCAGACUUUGGAGCAAGAUUACAAGGGGAUUGACCAGAAUUAAAUAAACAACUGCAAUUUCAUAUUUUUUGGGGAUCUAUUAUUUAAUUAAAUAAUGCUUUUGUAGUGAAAUACUAUACUAUGAGGAUUGUGUAAUGCAUUUUUACAGAGUUGUAACUUGCUCUUUCAUCCUGAAAAUAAACAGCCAGGACUGCUGAGAGUUUUAGGAUUUCAACUUUUGACUGUUGUGUCUAG